CAGCGCGAGCAUCGAGCUGUUCAUUAGAAGUUGGUUGGCUUGCUGCGCUGUGCGAGCAUUUGUCUUCGUUAGUUUCGUGCCGGUUUUUAUGCCGUUUAGAUGUGUUUAAUAGUUUGAGCUUAAAGGCGAACGGAGACGAUUGCGUUUUUCGUAUAAAAAUUUCGCUACACAACGGCAGGGUGUCCAAUGUCGCAUUGUGAAUAUCGCGAGCAGCAUCAUUCAGAAAUAUCCGCAAAUAGUUUGUGAAAUUAAGCGAAAAUAAAUGUUUGCGAGUGUGUGUGAAUAUGAAUAAAUGUUAAUACAAAAAGUUAAAAAUAUUUGAAGUGUCUCUACGAAGUUGUAUGAAAAUUUUCGUGGCUGUGCAAAGCCAAAAAGUAGAAAAUAAAAUACAAACAGCAAUAACAGCAACUGCUUAGCGGCGCAACGAAUCAAUCAGGCAAAGCAAAUACACCGUUCGUGUGUCGGAAAGGAGAACCGCAUGCAACUGUGUAUGUGUGCAUAAGCAAUAACUAGGAAACGAAGACGCUGCUGCUUGCUGUUGCUGCUACUUCAGCUCCGCGCAGUCACUUUAAUACUGCUUGCAAUCUUUUGUUUUUGAAUUUUUUUUUGGAUUUUCUUUCAAAAAAAAUCUAGUGUUUGUCUCGUGUGUGUGCGUGUGUUAAGAUUUUCGGCUCGUCGCUAUUUAUGCCGGUGCGUCGCAGCUAAGAACAGGUAGUGAUUGCAAGCACGACGACUCGGAUGCUACCUGCUUAUUCGCUUCGCUGACUGACUGACGUACAGACGGACAAUUGUUUAUCGAUUAUUGACUGCUGAAUAACUACAACAAAUCCGUCAGUUUUAUGCAUAUGCUCAGUGCUUGCUAAGUGAGUGCGUGUGUUUAUUGGCAGCCGUAAGCGAUUGUAUUUGCGAAGUCGCUGCAGUGCCAUGAAUGAAUAAGAAAGCGUGUAAAAUAAAAUAAAAAUCAUAAUAAUAAGAAAUUGUAUAUGCUAAAUAUAGCAGUGGAAUAAGUGAAACAAAGCCGCAAACCGGUCGAAGGAGUUUUGUGCAAAACUAGAAAAAAUUACGAAAAGCAAGCAAGCAAAAAUAAAAACAAGCAACACGUUGCCAGCGCGCUUUGGUCAUUACAUGAGUGCAGCAGAGCCGGAAAAUCAUAAGUUAAUAUUUUCCGUCGCGACCACACAAGUCAUACUAUAUAUAAAUAUAUAUGAUAUAAUAAAGCCAAAAACUUACGUUCAAAAAAGUCACAAUAUCUGAACGUUCGCUGUCCGACAAGUGAUUAAUAAUUUGCGGAAGAACAUCAUCUACUGCCUUUAUAAGAGCAUAAUCGGCAAUAUUUGUUCAAAGUUUUAAUGGAAUUUUCGUGUGCCGCAGCGAGUCUCCGACAUUCAUCAAAGAGGAACCACGACACGCCGCAACAAUAACAGCAACAAUAAUACGCUGUGACUAGUGAAAACACGUGCUUACUGCGAAAGCAAGCACAAACACAACAACAACAAUAAUUUAGACUUAACUUCUCCAACAACAAUCACUACUUUUAAGCAACAAACAACACAGCAAAAUGGCCAGUUCCAAGAUAAUCUUGAAAGUUUUACUCUCGCUUUGCGUGUGGUCCUUCGUCAUAAUCGGUCUCUUCAAAAUGCACGGCACCAAUAUAGUCUCGCAAGAGUACAGCGCCGUGCCAUUGAGCGGCCGCAUUUUGCUGCAGAAAGAUAUAUUGCGUUAUGCGGAGACUACGUCGACCACAACGGAUCGUUUUGAUCCAUCGGAGAUCUUAGUGGACAAUCGAACAGCCAUGGACGAUGAUCAGCUGGUGCGCGAUGUUGAGUCGCGCAUCCCUUCGCUCCCCAUCGCCUAUUGGAGCAAGAACAAGAACUUCCGCCAGCAAAAGUCCAACACUUGCGCCAAGUAUCCAUCCAUCUUUGAGUUGGAAUUCAAUAAUAUCUACUGGCAGACAAUGCGCACAACCAACGGCACCUUUCAGCUGUUCGGCGCAUACUAUGAUAUACGUAAGACCUCACGUAUUGGACCGACGGUACGUAUACUCGGCAUGAUCGAUCGCAUACAGCCGACGGUGAAGACAUAUUGCCAGUUCUGGUUCGAUGGCCAGAAGGAGCCCUUCAUUGUUAAGACAUUCGAAUACAAAUAUAUCUGGUACAAUAAGUGGGGCAACUACAAGCAGGGCAUCUAUCAGCCUUAUCUGAUAGCAUGUCAAAUACCGAAACCGUUCCACGGCGUUGUGCCCAGCUCGGUAUCGAUGGUGGAGAAGGAAUGCGAUACGGCAACAAAUAACUUGCGCGUCAUCUACAAUCGGCCGCCAGAUGAUCAGAAGAAAGGUUUCGCCGUUUGUGUUAAGGGUUUGGACUUUCUCUACGAUGAUCUCUCUGUGCGUUUGAUUGAGUGGAUCGAGAUGUUGAAUAUUUUGGGCGCCGAUAAGAUCUACUUCUACAAUCUGCAAGUGCAUCCGAAUAUCACAAAAGUGCUCAGCCACUACGAACAGGAAGGCAAAGUGCAGGUCAUACCGCUGACGCUACCGGGCGGACAACCGAAUGUGCCCGGCUUCCAGCAUCUCUACCUCACGAAAAAGACGAAUCACAAGCGUCAGAACGAGGUCAUACCCUACAAUGAUUGUCUCUACAAGAAUCUCUACUUAUACAAAUACAUUGCGCUGCUCGAUAUCGACGAGGUGAUCAUGCCGAAGGGCAACUUCGUGCUCUGGUCAGAGCUAAUGGAGAAGGUGGUGCCCGAAUCGCUGAAGAUCAAACCCGAAGGCUACAACAGUUACAAUUUCCGCAAUGUAUACUUCCUCGACGAUCAACAGCACGAGCAUGGCUGGCACAAGGACAUACCCAAGUACAUGCACAUGUUGCAACACGUGCACCGCGCCAAGAACUACACCAAACCCAAUCAGUACGUGAAGUGUUUCCACGAUCCAGAGCGCGUGCUCACGCUACACAAUCACUUUCCGCUCGCCUGCCUCGGUGGCGUCUGUAAGUCCUACCCGGUGAACACCACCGACGCACAACUGCAACAUUAUCGCGCCGACUGCGUGAAUACGCUAAAAAAGAGCUGUGAGGAGUAUCGCGAGAAUUCGGUCGAAGACAAAACGAUCUGGAAGUACAAAGACGAGUUAAUACGACGCACCUUCCGCACGCUCGACACGCUGGGCUUCUUCAAGCGGCCCAUCAGCAAUGGUGGCGGCAUUGGUUCGACCACACAUGCGAGUGAGCGGUGAUUUCUGGGCAGUUGGUGGGCGGGCGGCAGCAAUAGCUGGUUGGGCGGCAGAAUGGGGGAGAGCAGUAGCGGUAGCGGCGCAGGCAAUGCGGCAGAUUACUAUGAGCGUGAGCGUUGGCGAGAGGGUGCGGCGGGCAGCAAUGAAUUUUUCUGAUAAUUCUGAGCGGAAUUUUAAAGUGGCUGAAGGCAGGCAUAACUACAGUGUUUAGCUGGCAUGAAAAGAAGCGGCUGUAAUAAUUUUUUGUUUAAAUCGUAAAGUUAGAAAAGCUCGUGAAAGCUGCUGGCAACUAGUGAAAGUUCUUUGAAAUGCAUGAAAGCUUUUCAAAACUUGUGGAAGUUCUUGAAAGCUCAUGAAAGCUUUUUAAACUCAUAAAAGCUCAGGAAAGCGCGUGCUGGCUCUAAAAAACUUAGCAGUUCUGAAACGUAGUCCACUUGCAAAAUAUUGGUUUGCGUCUUUGCUCAAAAACUAACAGUGCAACAAAAAAGUAUGUAAACGCAUUUCGCAACCGGGCUGUCUGCUACAAAGUAACAUUUAUCGUCUCACUCCAGAGCAACUCUCCUAAUUGUCGUUGACCUUGACGUCGUCACCUAAAAUAGGUAAAAAACUCUGUCAAAAAAAUAACGAAAACAGUGUAGUACUUAACGAAGACAAUUUCUCCGCUGUAUUUUACAAAAAAUUAACGAAAGUUUUUUUUUAUUACUAAAAGCAAUGAGAAGUUAUUACUUCGAAGCAGUGUUAAAGCGAUAAAGUGUUCCCCAGCAUUGAAAAAAUGCUUGUAAAUUUUAUCUAUCGAAAAAAACAAAAAAACGAAGAAUCUCAAAUAUUACAAAAAAUUUUUUUUUAAUACUGACUCCUUUAAAAGCUGUCUUUAUUUGUAGAACAAAAAAAUUGUAAAUUCUAGUAAAUAAAUCUUGUUACUAUGCUCUUUAUAUUUACACUUAAAAAAAAGAACAAAAAUGUAAAAUGUGCCUUCAUGUUAAAAAGUGUACGAUCUUGAAAAAAAAACUAAACAGAAAUACUAAUUUUUUGUAUAUAAACAUAGAAUGAGGAAAUAUUGUUGACUUUUAAGGUAAUAUUGCCGUGAAAAUAAUUUGAAAGUGCCAAAAGCUGAGCUGAAAAUGUUUUCAAAAUUUUUAAAUAUUUUAUACAAUAUAUUGGAAUUUGAAAAAAAAUUUUAAAAAAUUAAAUGUGAAAACCUGAAAAGAUUUUAACAGUGUUGCCAGAUUGAAAUAACCGAAAUUUCUGUUAAUUAAAAAAUUCAAAAAUCAUUUUUAAAUUUGGAAAUUUGUAAAUUUGAAAAAAAAUCUGAAUAAUUAAAUGUGAAAAGCUAAACCAUUAUCUUUUUAAAGUGUUGCCAGAUUAAAAUAGCAGCAAUUGCUGUUUAUUGAAAAGUUCAAAAAUCUAAUUUUUCAAUUUUGAAAUUUCAAAAAAAAUGAAAUAUUAUUUUUUAAGUGUUGCCAGAUUAAAAUAGCCGAAAUCGCUGUUAUUUGAAAAAAAAAAACAAAAAUCGUUUGAAAUUUCGAGUAAGUUUUGUACGUUAAUAAUUAUUUUUUUACUUCUUGACAUAACUGUUUCGAUAAAUUAGCAAGGUUUUUGGCACUACAAACCAUAAUUUUUUUAAAGUUUUCAAAAAUUUUUUUUUUGCUUUGCCAUCAUUGACCACGACUACAAUCGCAACAGAACAAAUACAUAAGUGUCACAAAUAAUAUAAUAUUAAAUAAUUUCAAGCACUAAUUUACAAACUUAGUAAUUAGUGAAAUUUAAGUUGUGUAAAUUAUUUAUUUAUAUUUUUUAAUUUUGAAAUUUGUGAAAUAUUUGAAUUUUUUAUGUAUUUUAUUAAUUUUAGAGAGUUUUUUUUGUUUUGUAAUAUUGACUUUUUUUGGAAUUUAGAAAUGUUGAAUAUAUAUUUUAAAUUUGGCAAUUUUUUAAUUGUAGACUUUUUUUUAAUGUUUUAAAUUUUUUAUAAUUUUUCAAUUUUUUUUUAAAUUUUAGACAUUUUUUUAAUUAUUGACAUUUAUUUUUAAUAUUUGACAGUUUAUUUUUUAAUUUUUGUCAAUUAAAAAAUUAUUGAAUUGUGUUUUUUAAUUAUUAAAAUUUUUGGACAUUUUUCAAAAAUUUUCAUAGUUCUAAUUACAACUUAAGCAAUAAGUAAAAUUAAAGUUCUGUAAAUAAUAAUUUUUUUUUUGAUUUUUUUUAAUUUUGAAUAAUGAUUUUUUUAAUUUUUGUAAUGUUUAAAUAUUUUGGACAUUUAUUUUAAUUUUUGGCAGUUUUUUUUAAUUUUUGACAUGUUGUUUUAUUUUUGUUAAUUUAAAAAAUAAAUUUUUUUUGAUUUUCAACCUCAGCAAUUAGUAAAAUUAAAGUUCUCUAAAUAUUUAUUUUUUUUAGAUUUUUUUUUAAUUUUAGAAAAUUUUUUUUUAAUUUUUGACAUAUUUUUAUUUUUUUUUUAUUUCUCAUUAUGGCAAGUAAUUUAUUUUUUAAAAAAAAAUUUCUAACGUUAGAUUUAAAAAAAAAAAUUUUUAUGGAUAUUAUGGUUUGAUUUUUUAUUUAAUUUUUUUUUAUACUUAAUUUUUUUUUCUGAUUAUAUUAAAAAAAUAAAUAUUUAAAAUAUUUGCUAAAAAACAUUGCUGCUUAUGUAACUUUACAUUUUUAUUUAAAAUUAAAAAAAAGAAAAAUUUUCAAAACAAAAUCCUCUCGCAUUUUCCAAUUUCACUAAAUAAAAAAAAUAACUAAUUUUAAGCAAGUACACAAUUUAAUCCCUAAGUUAAAGACUGAUGGCGUUGUAAAGACGAUUAAAGCGAUUUAUAUAUGUAUAUGUAUGUGUAAAAUAAUAAAUUUAAAAUGUGAACUCACUCACUCAAAUCAUAACUGUAAGAACCGAAACUGAGACAAAAGUAAUAAAAAUUACACAGAAGAAAAAUGUGUAAAAACUGUCAAAUUGUGAAAUUAAAAUUUUCACACAAAUUAACGAAAAUUCCAUAACGGUUAUUAGAAAAUUAUAAAUGGCAACUCUGCCAAUCAACCAAAUUUACAAGCAACUUACUAAGCAAUGUUGGUGAGAAAACGAGCAAAGCGAGAAAUAUCAUUAAAUUUAAGUUUCUACUGAGUAAAAAAACAAUAUGUUAAUUGUAUAAUUAAAGAUGUAAGAAAAAAAUCAUAAAAAUUGGGACGCAGAAAUCAUAGUAGAAAUACACACACUCACACGUGUAAGACGUGUAUGUAAAACUAGUACUUAACGGUACUUGAUGUGAAUACGUUAAUUACAAACUUAAGACAACUAGUAUAACUAAUGAGCAUUAUGAGUAAGAAAAAAAACAUGUAAAUAUGUAACGGUAAUAUAUGAAUUUUUUAAUUUUUUAUUUUUAUUUUGUUUUUUUUGAUAUAUUUUGUUUUUUAAUUGCUGCAGACAAAUGAAAUCUUUAUUGUCAUAUUCAUAUGUAGGCAGCUCUAUAGGAAACCUGGAUGAAGUGUGGACGAAAAAUAUUAAUUUGCGAUGUCGCAAAAAUUAAGUGAUGAAAAAGUAAGUUAAACAUAAAACGCGCUUCAGAACUUGCUAAAAGCUAAUGUGCAACUUUUUAUUUUUCAAAGCUUUCGAAAGCUUUCACCCUUAACUGUGUGCUUUUAAAUUUUU